GCAAAACUCAUUCAAAGUAAAUCGGCGUCGCGUUUAUAUCUACGUAUUUUAAGCAUUUGCUUAUCCUUAGUUUUAAAAUUAACAUCUACAACACGCGCCUACAGUGUGCGCAAUAAAUAAAACAGUUUAUCUGUAUUAUAAUCGAUAAAAAUAAAAGUGAAAAUCAACUAAUUAAAACAAAACCCGGAAAUGGACCAAACCUCAAAUGGAAAAGUAACCCACAUAACAAAAGAACCAAUUAAAAGACGAAGACUACGGGUGGGGGACCCCGAUUUCGAGCCCCCCGACGGAGGGUGGGGAUGGUUUGUUAUAUUCGCUUGUGGAUUUUCAAACUGUUGCAUAUUUCCGAUGUUCCAACAAUUCGGGCUGAUUUUCCGUGAGAAAUUUGAAUAUUUGGGCAUCACAACCACGCAAACAACAACCAUAAUUAAUUUGAAUUUGGCCUUCAACGCAUGCGUGGGUUCUGGUAUUGGUAUCACCCAGGCAGCCAACUGCCUAGCCCUAAACACAUACUUCAAAAAACGCAGAAGAAUAGCCACCGGCCUGUCAUGGACCACAACAGGUCUAGGGCCUAUAGUGUGGCCCUACAUCAUAACCUACCUCAAAGAACCAUACGGAAUGGAGGGAACGUUGAUGAUAUUUUCAGCGUUUUCCCUACACGGUUUCAUGUGCGCUUUAAUGUUACACCCUGUAGAAUGGCACACCAAGUAUAGGGAUGUCGAUAAAGACCCCGAGGCAGCGAAAUUGCUGGUGGGUGGGGAUGAUAUGGAUCCUCGACCGUUGAGUAAGGCUAAAUCUAAGUCUAGGAGUAUUUUCUCGAGUCAGGUUAUUUAUAGCAAUGACGAUCCUGUGUAUCAAGGUUGUGAGAUUCAUGACACGGGAACGCCCAAUAUACUUAAAGGAAAUGAGUGGUACUCACAAAAUAUAUCGCAGGUUGGAUCGAGAGUUUCUCUAUCUUCUAAUAAGAUGUCAAAACCUAAUUCAACAAUGCCAUCUAAGAGACCUUCUUACAACAAUCUUUUUGAUGCUAGGUCAAAGAAAACAUCAAAUGUGAACUUGAGCGUUGACGGUAAACGAGAAAGAAAACGUUCUGUUAACAGAGCUCCAAUCAGAGAGGACAUCGAAGAAACCUUCAAACAAGAUAAUAAUUACUUGCAAGUCUAUGCCAGCGAAAAAGACGUACUGAAAACCGCGGCCAAAAAACUCGCCGAGUAUAAAGAAGAAGAGGACAAAAAACAAACAGAAGUAAUCGAGGAUGGUAAACCACGAACGACAUGGGAAAAAAUCGUCGAUGUAUUCGAUUUAACGUUACUUAAAGACCCAGUGUUUUUGAACCUGAUGAUAGGUAUCAUCAUCGCCAAUUUUGCCGAGUUAAACUUCUCCAUUCUUACACCCAUGGUUCUUAAACAAUUUAAAUUCUUCGAGUAUCAGACAGCCACUUACAUGUCGCUGUUGGGUGCUAUGGAUCUCGUUGUCAGAUUCCUUGCACCUUUUGCAGCGGAGAAAUUGGACUGGAGCAACAAGGUGUUCUUCCUCAUCGGGGUUAUGUCCAUGGCACUGGGCAGAGUUGUUCACACCCAAACCUACGGGGUAGGUUUAUUCACAGCUGCAUUGAUUGGAGCUGGAAAGGGACUAAGAACUGUAUUCAUGGCUCUUAUUGUACCUCAGUAUGUACCUAUACAAAGAUUACCAGCUGCUACAGGUUUACAUCUAGCUACCAGUGGUAUACUUUUUAUUGCAAUUGGACCUGUAGUAGUUGUGUUAUUUAUUAAUAUUUAUGCAGAAAAAAUCAAUUGGGAUACUUUAAAAAACUAUAGUGGUUUUCUGAAUUUUGGUGAAAAAAGUAACAAACUCAACAAAGAUGGGUUGGAAAAUGCUAUAUUUAAAUCCAAAAUCGACAUCCUUGGAGAAAUUUUUAAGAAGAAUAUUGACGAUCUUAAAAAAAAUAACAAAUUGGACCUUAUUUUUCUCGUAGAUGCUUCAUCAAGUGUUGGCGAUAAAAACUUUAAAAGUGAACUGAAGUUUGUUAAAAAGCUAUUAAGUGAUAUCACUGUCGACUAUAACCAUACACGAAUCGCUGUAGUAACUUUUAGUUCUUCCAACAACAUCAAUGUUAACAUAGAUGAAAUAAGUCAGCCUUCAAAAGACCACAACAAGUGCCUUUUACUAAAUACACAACUUGGAAAUAUAGACUAUAAAGGAGGAGAUACUUAUACGUUAGGAGCUUUUAAGGCAGCACAAACUAUAUUCAAAAACGGUCAUAGAAACAACACCAAACAAGCGCUAUUUCUCAUAACGGAUGGAUACUCUAAUGGAGGUGAUCCUGUUCCUCUAGCUGAGGAUUUAAAGGACCAACAAAUUCAAAUUUAUACCAUAGGCAUUGAAAAUGGAAACUACAAGGAGCUCUAUGACCUCUCAUCAUCGCCUGGUGAAAGAUAUAGCUACCUUUUGGAUAGCUUUGAGGAGUUUGAGAGUCUUGCCAGGAGAGCCUUACACGUUGAUUUAAAAAAUGGUGACUACGUGCCUCUAGGCGUAAGUAAUCCAUGUGAUGGGCUAUGCACAGGAGGCGAUUGCUGUGACGUUAACGCCUUAUGUUCUUGUGGGACAACAACUGGACACUACAAAUGUAUUUGCAAACUUGGCUACUAUGGAAGUGGGCUGCAGAAUGAAUGCUUUCCUUGUAGUGACUCAAUGUAUUCUGAUGGCCCUAACACGUGUUUCCCAUGUCCAGAUAUAAACCAUGUUACUGCUGUACCAGCAGUAGGUCUGGAAAGCUGCAAAUGCAAGCUAGGGUAUGAAAACACAAAAGAUUAUAGAUGCCAGCCAAUAAAAUGUCCUAAAAUUCAAAUACCACAACAUGGAAUCCUGGUCAAAAAAAGGGAAUGUGGGAAUGUUUUAAACAGUGCUUGUGGCAUACGAUGUGAAGUUGGCUAUACUUUAGUGGGUAAAAGUAUUAGAUUAUGCCAAGGUAACGCUACAUGGAGCGGUAAAACACCUAGUUGUGAAAUUAAAGUUUGUAAGACCCUGCCACCCCCUAAGAAUGGCUCCAUGGAAUGCUCUCAUAGCGAUCUAGAGUUAUCAGAUGAAGUAAAUGAUUUACCAGUUGAUACAACAUGUACCUUCACAUGCGGUAAAGGCUUUAAUCUUAAAGGAUCCAUAGAGAGGACUUGCCUGCCUUGGGCUAGAUGGGAUGGCCUUGUAACUUUAUGUAAACCUAUUAAAUGUAGUAAGUUGUCCAGCAUAAAAUUUGCCACGUUUGAGCCAAAUUCCUGCUCACUUGGUAAACAGGAUUACGGCAAAAACUGCACUGUUAUUUGCAGAGAAGGAUUUAAGCUUAAAGGUCCUUCAGAUAGGGUUUGUAAGGGUAAACAAGGUGUAUGGAGUAGAAAAAUGGAGGAUACAGUUUGCAUAGGUACCCAAAUUGUGAGAGCUGGCCUUUUACCUUGUGAUUAUGUUACACCACCGAAGUUAGAAUGCCCUCAAAAUCUAACAAUCACAAGUUUGCCUGGUAAAAAAUAUGGUUUUGCCUCUUGGAAAGAACCCAAUAUAACUGAUAAUUCCCACAUGGACGUAACGAUUUGGAUGAAACCCAUUUUUAAAAACGUUUCAACGUUUAAAUUUCAAAUAGGUGAAACAGCAGUUAAAUAUUUUGCACAGGAUGCCUUUCAAAACAAAGCCAAUUGUACCUUCUAUGUUACAGUAAAAGAUGAUGAAAAACCUACAAUCGAGAACUGCAUAGAUCCCCCAAUAUUUUUUAGUGAUGAUAAAAGUGGUCUCAAUAUUACUUGGGAAGAUCCCUAUAUUUUUGAUAAUUCUCAACAUGUUAUAAUACAAAGUUCUCACAAAUUCGGCUUUUUUCCUAUAGGUACCACCACUGUCACUUAUAACGCUACUGAUGAUUCUAACAACUCAAAUAUCUGCAAAAUUAAUAUAACCAUAGAAGAAGCAAUAUGUAAACCUUUACCAGACCCUAUUUUCGGAUACACAAAUUGCACAACUCAACCAAAUGGCUUGCUCUGCAAUAUAUCUUGCUCACAAGGUUAUGAAAUACCCGAUGAAAGCAACUCUACGACUUUUUCCUGCGAUGAUAGCGAGCCUUUAAAGUUUUACGAAGUAAGAAACAAUAUGCCUGAAUGCUCCAUUACCAAAGUACCUGAGAUGUCAAACCAAACUGGAGAAUUUGAUAUCAACAUGGAUGAUGAUGCUUGUAACAAUAACACUGAAAUAACUAACAAUGUAGUUGUAUUUCAGUUAAAAAACGACAUAUUUAACACUUUAUCAAACAAUCUCUGCGAGAAAGACUGCGACAUAGACUUAAAAUAUAACUGUGAAGAUGAGCAAGAAAAACGUGAAGAACAAUCCAAUAUAAUCAAGCGAGAUGUGAAGAAUUUUGAGUAUGUCCCACACAGAAAUAGAUAUCGAAAAAAACUUAACGUUAAGUUCCAAGUACGUGGUAAAUACAUUUAUGAGAAAAAUGAUACUCAAAUCACCCUAGCAAAUGGCCAAAAUGGUGUUUUGAAGUUGGAUAAAACUGAGUUUUUAUGCCCAUUAGGGUUUGUGCCUAGAAAAAAUAGAUGUGUACAAUGUCCCAAAGGAAGUUUUCAUAAUAGAACAUCAAGUAAAUGCCAAAGCUGCCCUAUAGGGUCUUACAAUGACAAGUUAGGGCAGACCCUAUGUAUUCCUUGCCCCAUGUACCAUUCCACAAGAAAAUUGAGAACAAAAUCUAUGUCAGAAUGUAGAGAAAUGUGCCCGCCAGGGACCUUCGCAAGAAGAAGAAUAAUUCGUCACAAACACAAGGGUCAAAAUGUGACCCUUGAACGGGGCUCAUUGCACCCACAUUGUAGAUCCUGCAAAGUGGGCUUAUACCAGGAGGACUACGGUCAGCUGCACUGCAAAGCGUGCCCAAAAGGCUACACCACAACCGGUUACAGAUCUACAAAUGUAGACCAAUGCAUAGUAACAGCAGAGGAAGUUUGUACGAGUAUCAAAGAUAUAUGUAACAAUGGGAGUUGUGUUUUAACAAAUGAAUAUCAGUAUGGUUGCAAUUGUUUUGAAGGAUACUAUGGCGGUUUUUGCGAAAAAAAAAUUACCCCUUGUGAGUCUAGCCCUUGCUUAAAUAAGGGCUCAUGUGAGGAGGUUAAUGUAACCGACUUCACUUGCAAAUGUCCACUGGGUUAUAGUGGUAAAUACUGUCAGGAUUUUGAAGUGCCUUGUAAGCUAAGCUGUUUACACGGUGGCACUUGCGUGGAAUCAGAUGAAAAUGACUUCGUGUGUUUGUGUCCAGAAGGUUUUUACGGAGAAUUUUGUGAAAUACCCCUAAAACAUUGCAAUGAAAAUCUAUGCCAAAAUAAUAGUACUUGCGUGGAAGAAAAAAGUACUUUCAAAUGCAUUUGUUCAAGAGGUUUUCUGGGUAAAAGAUGCACCAUAUUACCAUGCGAUUACCAACCUUGUAGCACCAAUACCGUAUGCGUAAAUAUCAUGGAACCAAAUGCAUCCAGAAGCAGCUUUAGGUAUGGUAGUAAUUUUACUUUAUUCAUUGACCUGUGUAAUGUAAAAUUUAGGUGCUUAUGUCCGGAUGGGUACACAGGGGAAAAUUGUACGGAAAAAAUCGAUUACUGCAGCGAAAACCCAUGUAAAAAUAAUGGUACCUGUAUCAGUGAAACUUACACAAACACCUGCGAAUGUAAUAAGUUGUUCUAUGGAAAAUUUUGUGAGUUCAAAAGGGAGACAAACUACAUUUUGGAGUUUACCAAAUACGAUACCAAUAAUUUUAUCAAAAUGAGAGGGUUCACCAAUAAUAUAAGAGAGAUAUCUGCUUGCCUUUGGAUGCAAAGUCAGGACAAUUUCAACUAUGGAACUCUUAUAUCAUAUGCAACAAGCCAAAAAGACAACACGUUCACCUUAACAGACUAUACAGGAUUAAUCCUGUACAUCAACAACCAGUACAUCGUAACAGACCUCGUUCUAAAUAACGGUCAUUGGCAUCACAUCUGUGCUUCCUGGUCCAGCAUAAAUGGCACCUACAAGGUAUACCUCGAUGGUAAAGUGGUUAAGAGUGGCGAAAACUUAUCACCCAAUACAGUAAUCCCAGGUUAUGGAAGCCUAGUUAUUGGUCAAGAUCAAGAUACCUUUGGAGGUAGUUUCAGCCAAUCUGAAGCUUACAUGGGUAAAAUGACUUAUGUUGACAUUUGGUCCAGGUUUUUGACCAAUGAGGAGGUUUUAAGUCACAUGAAUGACUGUCAGAAUAAGAAUUACGGGGAUUUGUAUGCUUGGGCGGAGAUACUGGAGAAUGUUAAAGGGAACAUUAAAGUUGUAAACUCAUCGUUUUGUAAAGGAUGCAAUGAUCCUGUGCCGUUAUAUCAUGGUUAUAUUAAUAUAGUAGAUAAUAAGUCGUUUUACUCAUGCUAUGAAGGCUAUAAACUUAGAAACGACUUUUAUAAGAAUGGUAGACAUUGUACAAAAUUAGGAAUGUGGGAGGGGAUACACGAACCGCACUGUACAAAGGUUUACUGUGGAUUUCCAGGAUACACACAAAAUUCCAACUCCAUAGGCAAAAAUUAUUAUUUUAAUGACGAAGUCACCUACAAAUGUUACCCAGGCUUUAGUUUGAGUGGAAACAGUACCAUCACUUGUAAAUCUGACGGUAAGUGGUACCCAAACGUGCCUAAAUGUAUUGGAAAGCAAUGCCCCGAAUUAUCAGCCCCUGAAUUGGGUUCCUUAAUUUACAUAAGUGAACCUAACGGUGAUGAUAGAGAAAAUAAUACAGGUGUUGAAGCUGGUACUCAAGUAGAAUUUAUCUGUGAAAAAAAUACAGAACUAUACGGAGAAAACAUUUUAACUUGCCUACAAAAUGGUAACUGGGAUUUUGAAACGCCAAAUUGCUCAGUACCACUUACUCCACAAAAAAUAGAUUGUGCAAUACUUUCUAUACCACCUGCACCUUUAAAUGCUUAUAUAGACCCAGAUUCUUUAAGUGAAGUUGAAAAUGGUACUUCAGAUACAAUUUUUUAUCAGUGCAGGGUUGGUUUUAAAAUUAUAGGGUCUAAUAGCAGCGUAUGUAUUGUGGAUGGUUAUUGGUCUGAGAUGAAUGCUACUUGUGAAUCAAUAAAAUGUGGAAAACCCACGAUACCUUUUAAAAUGCAGCUUAAAUAUAAAGAAGAAGAUAAAGCUAUAUACGAAUAUGGUAACAAAAUUACUUUUGGAUGUAAAAAAGGUUAUAAACUUGUUGGAAAUGACACCAUUCGAUGUCAGGAAGAUACAACUUGGAGUACAAAUUUAGGAGAAUGUCAAAUUUUAGUUUCGAUUGCAGUAAAUUCUUUAAAUUUAAGUCCAGAAAAUGGUUUUAUUAAACGUGUAAAUGGUAACAUAGAUAAAAGAUCAGCCAGCAUAGGCUCAAGUAGUGAUCAAAACAACAAUAAUAAUGAUAAUAGGGCAUCAACAACGACAAAAAAACCAAUAGUAAAAAGUAAAAUGAAGAGAACCGGUGGAGGAGGCAGAAGACGCAAAGGCUAA